AUGGGAACAACUGAAAGCUAUUGUAAGAAACCUGAAGAAUCGGUUAUAAGUAAAAAUACUCAUAAUAAAUCUCCUAAUGGUUCAAAUAAAGAUGUAUUAUUUUUUUCAAAUGGUGAUGUUUAUGUUGGAAUUUCUAAUUAUAAGAAUUUACCUCACACUGAAGGAUCAAUUGCAAUUUAUUUUAGUAAUAAAGAUUAUAGUCGAUAUAUUGGACCAUUUGAACAUGGCAAAAGGAGUGGCCAAGGUUCAUUAAUUUUAGCAAGUGGAGAUAUAUAUCAUGUAGUUUAUAGAUAUGGAACUCUUUCAAAAAAAACUUUAAUUGGGGCAUUUAGAUUACCUCGAGUUGUUGAAGAUUCAUUAUUAAAUUCUGAAAACCAUGAUAAAUUGAGUAGAUGUGAUACUAGAAUAUCACCUGGAUUAAUACCUCAAGUUAUAGAAUCUUGGAAUUCUAGAAUGCAUACAAUGGAUCUACAUAAUUCCGAUAUUAAUUGUUAUAUAAAUAAUCAAACUCAACCAAAUAGUAUAAAUACAAUAAAUUCUGAAAAAUCAAAUAAAUUAAGAAAAUUAUCUCAAUCUGAACCCCUAUUAAUUGAGUUACUUGAAGCCACUGGACUUAGCCAGUAUAUAUCAAUUUUAGAAAAUGAAGAUAUAACCUUAGCAUAUUUAUUAAUGUCACCAACACUUGUUAAUCCAAGAUUAAUUCGUGAUACAUUAGGUAUAAUACCAUUAGGUCAUAGACUUAAAUUUAUGAAUUGUAUUAAAGCUUUCAGAAUGUGCCAUAGUCAAACAGUUCUACCAAAUCCACUAUUUACUAAACAAGGAGACAGUAUAAAAGAUUGUAUGCAUACAAAUCAUGAAAAUGAGCUAAUAGGAGAUAGAAUAAAUCAUAUAAACAAGAGACAGACACAUUUAAUACCAGAACCUUUAGUUAGAAUUCCAAACUUUUCUACAUAUCCUGGUUUAAUUAUACCAUUUGAACAGUUGAGAUUUGUUAGGAGACUUAGGAGAACGGAUACUCCUUGUUAUUGCAGCCAAAAUAGGACAAAUUAUUUUAAGGAUGAAGUGAUAUUACCAAGAAAUAAAAAAAUUUGCAUUGAUUCUGAUCUUAAAUUUUCCAAGGAUAUGCAUAAUAUGGAGAAUUCAAUAACGCAUUUAUCAUAUGAUUCAUCUUGCUUUUACCUUGGAAGAUGGCUUGGUAAAGAUGUUGCUAUUAAAGUUUUUCGUGGAAAAUUACAUCAACCAUAUUUAUGGGAAAGUACUUGUCGUUUACUUUGGUCUUUAAGACAUCCAAGUUUGGUUUUAAUUCUUGGGUUCAGUUAUAGUCAACCUGAUAUUCAUUGUGUAGUAACUGAAUAUAUACCUAAUGGAUCACUUCAUAGACUCCUUUAUAAGGAAUUCUGUUUAUGUUUAUCAAAUUGUAGAUGGGAUAAAAAUAUUUCAAAUCAAUGUAAACCUCGACUUGAAAGACCUCCAUUUUUCUAUUUAAAAAGAGAUUUUAAUGCUAAUCAGGAUAUUAAUAUUAAUAAUAAUAUUAAUAUUUCAAGAAAUUAUAAUAAUUCCAAUUUUAAUACACCAAAAUAUGAUGAUGAUCAUAUUUCAAAUAUAUCACAUACCAUUGUGGAUAUCCCAUUAGGUCUACCAAUGCCAACUUGUUUACUUAUUGCUAGAGGUAUAGCAACUGGUUGUCUGUAUUUAAAGCAGAGAGGGUUAUAUCAUUUAAAUCUUAAACCUUCAAAUGUAUUAUUAGAUGAAAAUUUAACUGUUAAAUUAGCUGAUGUUGGCCAUGUUCUUUUAGAAGCUUCAUUUGCACUACCCGAAGGGGUUAGAACUAGUGAAAAAUUAUCAAGAAAUGAGUUGGAUAUAAUAUUUUCAGAAAGCGAUUUUGCAAACGAUUCUGACUCUGAAAAUCAAUUUUUAGGACUUCCAAGAAACUUACCAAGAUUUUCAGCAAGUGUAAUAUUAAACUAUCUAUCUCCUGAAUUGUUACGUGCUCCAUUUCCAACUUUAGAAGCUGCAAGGUUAUUUCUUCAAGGAGCUGAUGAGUGUCAAUAUUUAGAUUCAUAUGCAUUAGGACUACUCUUAUGGGAAAUGUUAAAUGGUCAACCUCCUUUUGCUGGCCUUACUAACCUUCAAAUACAAGCUUGUGUUGGAUAUUCAGGAGCUACUCUAGAUAUGUUUCCCUUAUCUAAAAUAGCAGAUUAUUCAUUAAUCGUCCAAUUAAUAAAUAAAUGUUGUAGUUUCCAAAGUCUUGAUAAUCAUAUACAGGGUAGUCAACAGACAAAUAAAAGGCUAACAAUGAAUCAAAUACUUGGAAAACUCAUUUUACUCCAGCAAACUGUAAGUUCAAUUCCUAAUAAUAAUACCUCGAAUAAUUUAUACUUUAUUUCUUACCAUGCAUGCAGACUAUAUCCUCUGCGGAAGAUGUAUUGA